ACGUCAGGAGGAGAGCAGAGUGAGAGGAGUUGAAAUAGGGGCAGAGCAGGAGCGUAGCGCUGAGAGGAAACCAGCCAGAGGAGCCGGAGGAUGGCAAGCCGCUGCUGAGAGUUGGGACGCUCUACCCGUCGCUACUAACACAGCUGCUGCUACUAUUACAGCAGCCCAUAAUUAAUUUGAACCCUUUAAACCCUGUCGAGAGGUGGAGAGGAGAGGAGUGGAAGUAAGGAGCGCAGACUGGACGAGUCUCUGCGAGGAAAUCUGUGGCAUAUUUGCACGAAUUUCCUUUAUUUUAUAAUCCAUUUGCCUCGGAAUACCACAGAGAAACACUCAUGGGCAGCAUGGGUGUUUGGGCUGUGGCUGUGGCCGCUCUGCUGGGAACCUCGGGGUGCUGGCUCGCUGAAGGGCACAAGAGCAGCAGGCGAAGCAGCGGGGAUACAGUCAGCGUGUCACGUACCUCCUCCCAGGAACCUCGCGCCAUGGAGAAGGGGAAAGCAGACGGGAACAUCGAUCAAUCCCUGUCUGAUCCGGACGGAGACCCCUGUCGGAGGACCUACUGUGGACGGGGUCGACAAUGUGUGCUGAUGGCAGAAACUGGCCGCGCAGAGUGCGUUUGCCAGGAAAAAUGCCGGCCCUCCUUCGUGCCGGUGUGCGGCUCAGACGGCAGAUUCUAUGAGAACCACUGUGAGGUUUACCGCACCGCCUGCCUGGAAAGAAGACGGAUCUACGUGGUACACAGCAAAGAUUGUUUCUUUAAAGGCAAUGCAUGCACCAUGUCAGAGUACAACAAGCUGAAGAGCAUGCUGCUGGAUAUGCAACCGAAAGUGCUUAAGGUUGGGGAGCAAAAUCAGCAGAGAGACAUGGAGGAGAAGAGAGCGCUGGUGGACACCAUGUUUAAAUACCUGGAUGCGAACCAGGAUGGCCGACUGAUCAGUGAUGAACUGGAAAAGAUCUCCAUGAAGGAGCACCUGGAGGACAGCCUGCUGGAGUGCACCAUGCAAGACCUGCUACGCUACGACGACUACAACAACGAUGGCCAUCUCAGCCUCCACGAGUUCUACACAGCUUUCCAGGUUGUCCAGCUGAGCCUGGCCGAGGACCAACGAAUCAGCGUCUCCACAGUAACAGUGGGCCUAAGUGCAGUCCUCACCUGCGCCAUCCAGGGGACGCUGCGCCCACCAGUCAUCUGGAAGAGGAAUGGCAUCAUCUUAAACUUCUUGGACCUGGAGGACAUCAAUGACUUUGGGGACGAUGGCUCCCUGUACAUCACCAAGGUGACAACCAUCCACAUGGGAAACUACAGUUGCCAUGCCUACGGCUACGAAGACCUCUAUCAGACACAUGUGCUCCAGGUGAAUGUCCCUCCAGUGAUCCUGGUCUAUCCAGAGACACAGGCUCAGGAGCCCGGCGUAUCUGCCAGCCUCCACUGCCACGCCGACGGCAUCCCAAAUCCCAAACUCCUUUGGCUGAAGAAUGGCAUGGAUCUGCAGCCCAGAUCCUCCAAACAGCUCUCUCUCAUAGCGAACGGUAGUGAACUCUUUAUUGGCAGCGUCCGCUAUGAGGACACAGGAGCUUACACGUGCAUCGCCAAGAAUGAAGUGGGAGUGGAUGAGGACAUCUCGUCUCUGUUUGUUGAAGAUUCGGCUAAGAAGACUCUUGCAAACAUUCUGUGGAGAGAAGAAGGGCUAAGUGUGGGAAACAUGUUCUACGUGUUUUCUGAUGAGGGCAUCACUCUUCUUCAGCCUAGUGAGUGUGAAAUACGGAGACAUAUGAAGCGGACAGAGAGGAUUGUCGCUACCUAUGAGGAGAUGUGCCCUAAAGGUGAGGGGGUGUCACCUCAACACUGUGUGUGGUCCUCAGCAGUCAACAUCAGAGAUAAGUACAUCUACGUGACCCAGCCCCUCCAGAGCCGAGUGCUGGUGGUCGAUAUUCAAGCACAGAAGGUGGUGCAGGCUGUUGCAACAGACCCUUUUCCAGUAAAGAUGCUUUAUGACAAAUCACAUGACCAGGUGUGGGUCCUAACUUGGGGGGACAUGGACAAAACCCACCCAACACUUCAGGUUAUUCCUCAAGCCAGUGUGGGUGAAGUACAUCAUGCCAUACGCACAACUUUUCAGAGGGUGAACGACUUCUUCAUUCCUCCAACUAACCUCAUCAUCACUCACGUGAGGUUUGCCUUUGUCUUUCUCAAAAAUGAGCCCGCGGUUCACAAGAUUGAUCUGGAGACCCUUCACCGUGUCAAGACCAUCAGCCUAAAGAACUACAGCUGCAUCCCAGUGAGCAUGGCCUACACACACCUGAGUGGCUUCUACUUCAUCCAGUGCCAGACCAAGAGCCUUCUAGCCCCACAACAGCUCCUGAUCGACAGUGUGACAGACGCCGUGAUUGGGCCAAACCUCAAUGUCACAGGCCAGGCUUUUGUGUCACCAGACGGGCGCUACAUUGUGACACCUGACCCACAGAGCUCAAAGCUGAUAGUACAGACAGUGUCAUUCCAAGGGGAGCUGAGUCUGAACCAGGAAAUAGACGAGCCUGUGGCGGUCUCUGAUCUUGUUUUUCAGCCUUCUUUCACGGAGUCCAACCAGCAUGUGGCCGUGGCCACCUCGGGCUCAGGAACGGACCUGCUCUUUGCCGAUCUGUCCUCAGGCCACACCGAGGUUCUCCGGAGCCUCAAGCAGCCCCUGGCCCCCCAAGCCUGGCCCUGGGGAGGCCCUAACAGAGUGGUUGUCUCCAGUGGGUUGUUUGGACAAUAUCUGGUGACACCAUCAGCCGAGUCCCUCUUUGUUCUUAAUGGCAAGCAGAGAACGCCGCACUGCGAGGUGUCAGACAUCAAGAGAGGCAACACAAUUGUCUGGGUUGGAGAGGUAUGAGUGACAAGGAAAAACAAAAGUGAACAAGAUUUAGAAUUAGGGGAAAAAAGGAAAGAUCAGGCCAAAUUACCUAUUAUUAAGAUUUAUGUGAACAUAAGUUGUGGACUCAACCCUGGGACUGAGCAAGAGAGAAACCUGCCUGGGUUUGUUGUAACAAAAGUACACGUAAAAAUAGAAUAAUUGAGAAAAUAUUCCGAAAAUCUGUUGUGAUAUUUAUAUUGGGAGAAAGUGUCAAUGCCGUUCAGUGCAACAGUGAUCUAUGUGCACUUAACUAUACAGAAUUGUACAUUAUUGCACUUCCUUCCAUGUUAUCACAGCAAAUAGGUACCUGAAGAGGGGUUAUAACAAACUAUGAACUAUGCACAAUGCUCACUUUUUUUAGACUAAAAAGCUUUCCAGUUUUUGUUUAUCUCAAUAAUGUUUGUCGUUUUCACCAGUGCCGCAUAUAAUCACCACAAACUGUCUGUCCCGUCUACCUUUAGUGUCCUGAGUGCGUGUCCUGAGUCCUUUUAAAAGCUACCACCACCAUCUGUUUACUCGCCUUUGUCAUGGUAUUGUACUGUAUUCUCCCUCUGAAAGCUUUCAUUCUCCUAAUGCUGGCAGAGGUUGGCUUUAUACACGUGUAAUACCCUUAUUUACAUUGUCUGUCCAAAGAGCUCAAUUGGUCCAUUAGCCGUCGAGAAUGGAUGUUUCGGUUGCAGUGGACGCCUAACCUGAAAUGAAAAGUAGAUCUUUUGGUCUCUUGCAAUGUUAUAAUCUGUCCCCUGCUGUCUCACAUUUAUUCUGAACCUGCAGUACAGCUCUGUGCUGUGAAGCCUGAAAAUGCCACUUAUACCACUUAGCAGAUUCCCUCAGGGUAAUGACUCCAGUUUACACUGACCCAUAUGCUGAGGCCAAGCCAAAGUAGCAUCAGUGCUGCUAUCUGACAGGCUGUGAGCAUUUGUAGAUCUCCUAAGAGAGCCGUGCAUCAAGAUCAAACAAGUCAGGUAGACUAGACAUUUCUCACAUGGUAAUUAGUAAGAGAAAAAACUUUCUGGAAAGAAGUCACACAUGUACACAAAAAUAUAUUCUAUAUUUCAAAGUCUUGCAACCUGUUUCAAAAGUAGGGAUACAUUUUGACAGCAAUAUGUACUGUAUUAAACAGUUUUCCUUUUUUCCAGGAAUACUAAUUGUCAAAUUGCAAAAAGUACUAGGUGUGUUUAUUACUUAAACACUGUAUUCCUGCUUUUGAACUAAAAAGGCUAGAGUGUCUGUCUGAGAGCAGCAAGUGAAUAAACACCAGCAAAUCUCCAUCUGUCAAAAUAGCAGAUAUUUCCUAUCUGUGGUUGAACUGCAUCAUCUUCUGUGUAACUACAUUUUCCACUUGCACUAAUCAUCAUAAUGAUGAUCCAUUAGCAGCAAUAUAGCGCUGCGGCUUCUCUGCAGAUGUAAUAAUGUCAUCAGAAAUUACUGGAACCAUAAAGUCUCUUAUCAUUCCUGGCUCUUCAUAUUAGUGCCAGUCUACAUAUAAAUGCAGAGCUUGGACAGCACUUUUGAUGGCUUUUACAUAGUAGAUGAAAAUGGGCUAUAGUUUUGGGGUAAUUACUUGUUUUUUUGCUUAUUUGUCUUUGUGAGACUUUUAGUAAGAUACUUUAGGGAAAGCACUGAUUUGGUCUUAUGUGGAAUAGACAGAACAUAAAGUUUUAAAAAAUUGUACAUUUUUUUUUUAAUCAAAAGUUUUUCAGAUCUGCCAAUUAUGUAAGGACAGUCUGACUUGCCACAGAGAAAAAAAGUAGCAAUCAUUUAUUUGACCUAGUCGCACAAUGCCUCUAAAUUUGAUACUGAAUGUAACUAAAAUAAGUAUCAAACAUGAGCUUGGUGCGAAAUAGUUGUUCAUUCAUCGGGUCACCAUGACAAGCAGUUCUAUUACAUUUCAGGCAUAUUUUCAUACAGUGAGUUUCAAGUGGUACAAGUUCAGUUUUGUCUCACGUCAACAGCUGCCUCAGGGUCUUUGUGCCAGUUUUUAUAAUCAUUUAUAAAAACACCUGAAAUUGUAACGUUCUCCCACAGUUGGUCUAAUAGCCUGCUUGUCUCACAUAUUUAACAGGUGUUUAACAUGACCCUCUUCUUUUUUUAGAGGAGACCUUUUUUGGCAACUAUUCAAUUAAUUCGCUCUGCAUUUCUCUCACAGUAUGCUGUUCUUAACAUUUGAUUAAUUCAGACACUGCUAAUACAAAAUCAGGACUUGAAGCUAUGUGUUGUGGAGAUCCUUGUGACAGCGUAGAUUUUACAUUUGUGUAGGUAAAAGCAUUAUUCUUUGCACAAAGCCCAGCGUGGAGUUGCUGUUAAUUGAAAUCAAGUUUAAGAAAACAAACAAAAACCAGUACUUUACAAAACAGUAGGAUCAAUGCUUAAUCACAUGGCAAGAGGAAUUUUUUUGUUAAUUUUUUGUGAAUUUAAAUCUUGUACAUAUUGUCAUCACAGCACAAAUGCUCACAGCCUUUGAGAUCCAACAGUUCCUGACCUUUUAAUGGCAGGCCGUGAAUAUUAAAGACAUAAUUAAACGUCAUUCACCAAGAUGUCAAAGACCAGCUUGAGUGUGAAAAAACUACUGUAAAUCCAAAUGGAGUCUUGUGGUGUAUCUGCAACCUAAAUGAAAUAAUAAUCAUUUUUCCUAAUACGUAGUUGUGCCUGUUACUCCCCAAUGCGAUGCAAUGUGUAGGGCAGAACACAGGAGCGAAGCAGAUUUGUCCUUCUUGUUUGUGACUUCGGUAUUUGCUGCUAAUCUGCCAUGAAAACCGUUCCGGCAUGAAAGUAUGAGUAAACUUUCUGAAGGCAAAGAUUCAAUGAUGUUUCCUAGACCACUGUUGCACUGAGGAGAGAAAAAUAUACGUAUAUAUAUAUAAAUAUAUAUCUGACAUACAUUUAUGCUAUCAUGCUUAUAAUGGAAAUUUCUUAAAUUUGUAAUCCAGUUUUCUGUCUCAAAAAAAAGAAAAAAUCUGGCUCUGAUGCUUCCUAAAGUCACUAUCCCAUCCAAAGUCACUUCCCAAUGGCUCUAAUCAAGUAAUAAACAGUAUUUGACAACUCUUAACACAUGCAUGUAAUGAAAAUAGGCCUCCAGUAUGAUCACGGACCUCUUGGUGAUCUCUCACAGUCACAUACAGUUCACAGUUGCUUGUGUAAAAGUCACUUUUCUGUCUUCUCAUUGUCACGUCUUUCAGCUUCUCUCUUAAGGUCGAUUCAGCAGUAAAACAUUGCUACUAGAGUCAAGGAGAGCAAGAACAAAGAGACUGCACCUGCGCUUGCUGAUAUAACUACAUAACUGGCUCACUUAUGUUGUUUGUUUGAAUCUACCUUCAGUGUCACAUGACUAUUUCUGUACCUCUCCUUUAACCCUAAAGUAAGGGGCCGAAGAGCUGAACCGCUUGGUGUGAUAGACAUUGAUAGGAACCACUGUUGUAGAUAUCAUUGUUCAUGUUUAGAACACGUUCAGACAUGACAAAACUGACUGUACAGUUUUCUUUAUGCAUUUUGUGUGUUCUGGUUUAUGAGGGAAUUGUUUUGUAAGAAAAAAAUCGAAAUAAAUAUAUUGUAAAAAUCA